AAUGCCGGACCUAAAAUGCCACCGAUAUACCGAUAGCUCCCACGCUGGCCUUUCAAACCCCACCUUCUUAGCGGAUGUUAUUUUAGGCAUAACCAUGAGCGAUCCGGUAACUCCGAUCCAGUUGCUGCUCAACGCCCCCACCAUCGUCACGACGCGCCACCGUGGCCGCCACCACCACUUCCUCUUCUUCUCGCCUCAACUCCGACCAUCUCCCAGCUCAGAUCUUGAAUCGGCCAACAUCAAAUGGUAAAUCGUGCCUAGAUCGGACUGAAGAAGGAGGCGCCGCAGUGGUUCUUGCUCGGAUCGACAUGGAGCGGUUGCCGUCGGUGUCGCUGCGACGGGACCCUUCUGGGAGACUUCCGAGCGCGGACCCGAUGGCUAUGCGGCCGUGGGUGUUGGCCUUUUGCGUCAUCCGCUUCGACCUGGAGCAGGGGCAGGUGGUGGAGGAAUGUUUUCCCCCGGAUGCGCUCCCUCAAAACCAACUCCUCCUCGUCGCCUUCUCCUCCUUUCCGGAUUCGAUGUCUCAUCACCACCUUAACCCUAACCCUAACCCCGCCCGCCGGACCUCUUCAUCGUCCAUCCACGAUUCCAUCUUCUCCUUUCGCUUCCCCGCCGCAGCCGCCGGGGAGUUUAUCUACGGGUACGUCUUUAACCGGAGGCGCCAAGACGAGCGGCUCCGCCGAGGAGGCGAGCAGAAAUCUGUUGUCAUCCUCUCCGGCUGCCCUUACUCAUCCCUAUUCCGGCCCCUGCUCCAGAUCCUUGGCCCCCUGUGCUUCGACAUCGGCCCCUCCGCCCUCGGUCUCGUCGCCUCUCACGUAGCCGCCUGGCCGCCCCCCGUUCCCGGUACCCUCAUGGACCUCCCUAUUGGAAGCGCCGCUCUCCGGGUACAUCUACCACCGAAGCCCAACGAUCCGGCCGCUCCUUUCCCUCCUACCAACCCCACCGUGCCCCACGGUCUCUUCCACGACGCCGACCUCUUCGGAAGCUUCCGCAGCCUCCUCCUCCACCUCUGGACUCUGUGGGAACUGAUGCUCGCUGGAGAGCCCAUCCUUGUUUUCGCCCCCACUCCGCCGCAGUGCUCUGAGGCCGUCGCCGCCCUAGUAAGCCUGGUUGCGCCGCUUCCUUUUGCGGUUGACUUUCGGCCUUACUUCACCAUCCAUGAUCCCGACUUCGCCCUGCUCAAUUCUCUCGGCGAAGGAGAGGCGUUCCCUCCAAUGGUCCUUGGAGUUACCAACCUCUUCUUCCUAAAGACCCUUCGAAACAUUCCUCAUGUCGUUUCUGUGGGAAGCACCGGCGCUAAUGCCACACGGAAUCUUUCUGCUGGAGGCCGUUUUGCUUCAACCGGGGGCAUCGGGAACAACUUUGGACCGGGAAAGCUCAACCUUGACCAGCUCUCCCUGAAGAAGUUUUCCCCUUCUGGCUUCCUGAAUGCGAUGAAACUGAGAAGAGAAGGUCCACUAUGCCUGAUGACGGAGCACAAGGAAGCUGUUUGGAGCCCCCACGCAGCCACAACGAAGCCAGACACUGCAGUUCUUAAUAGGCUGAUUGACUCUCCCAGGGUUGAGGAGUCUAUGUCAGUGGCAAAUAAUGAGAUAUUGCGGCGUCAUUUUCUAGAGCUCACGACAAACUUCCUUGCUCCUUUCGGUCCUUAUUUGAGGGCAACCACCCCUUUAGAAGGAGCUUCUCCUUUUAUGGAGCCACCACCUUUGCCUCCGUUUGAUGCUCAUGAAUUUCUCAAUGGGUUGGCCACUCGAGGGCCAGGGAAGUUCUUGUCAAAAAGGAUGAGGUCGAAUUGGCUGGAGCUGUACAGACGGUUUUUGGAAGGAAAAAAUUUUAUGCCCUGGUUCCAAAAGAGGCGGGCAGUUGCAGAACAAGAACAACACAGGUUAUGGAAGCAGGCUCGGUUGAACACUGACAUAAAUAAGCUUAUAUCUACUAUGUCUGAAGUGGAGAUUGUUGAUUCUUUCAAUGCUAUUGAGAGACAUUUGCUCGCAGAGAUACAGAGGUGUCACCCUGUUGGAACAUAGGCGCUAUUGCCUCUUACCAACCCUGAUCAAGAUAAACUUUGAAGCUAGACCUCUUUGUUCCUGGGCUCAGAAUCCAUGUAGCACAUGAAUCAAAGGUCAUGACUCCUCCCAACUAUCAGCCCUCGAUUAACUCUUAAAUUUUUAUCUUUGGGAGUUCUAAUGGCUCCCAUAUAUGAUCAUGGUGGAACCAGGAAGAAUUUGAGGACUUGUCUUAUUCAUUUUAUUUGUCUUAAAUGUUUUAAGCGUUAGCACCCUAUGAUUGAACUUUUAGCUUCUUUGUACUGGUUAUCUUGGCAAUGACUGUUCUCUGGUAAAAUUAAUGAAGGAAAGAAUAUGAUAUUCUUCGAUUUUCAUUUUCUCCUAGUUCAGGCUUAAUUUAUUACCUGACAAACAAAUUAGAGUUGAAGGUCAUGAUUUCUUAGUUUCCAAAAUAUGGCCUUAUCAUUGUUGGCUUUGCCAUUUAAGUGACUUCUAUCCAUUUUUCUUGAUUUUGCCUCUUUUCGACUUCUUUUACAAAUAGUUGUCAUUGGUCUUUUACAAAUAGUUGCCAUUUAAGUGACUUCUUUUAGCUUCUUGAUUUUGCCUCUUUUCGACUUCUUUUACAAAUUAGAGUUGAAGUUCUCUUGAGGACUCUUUGUCCAUUUUCAUGAUUUCCUCCGAGCAGAUGGAUUGGUAAUUCAGUCCCUUCAACAUCAUAAUAAACUUAUUACAUUUUUACUGAUUUAUUUACUAUAGGCAAUCACUUCUGCUCUUUUUUGCAUGGCAUUGACAGUAUCACUGUUACAAAGGUGUUCUGCUCAACAAGAUAUUUGUUGGUUGGAUCUUUGACAUUCCAUCUGUUCAAUUUUCUAUAGUUGCAUAGGUGUAUAACUUAUUGCUUCUUUCACCACCGAGCACAAAUGCAAACAUCAAAUUAAUAUGUAUAAUCUAGAACCUUAAUCACUUAACAGCAGCACUGCUCAUAUGCCUCCGUUAAGCAUCGUCCUGCGGUUAAUAUCUCU